ACCAACUUAUCUCAUGGCCAACUUAUCUGAAACAACACCGGUUGACUGGCGUUCACUAUGAAAACUCAAGUUUACUCGCUUGCAGCGGAAUUAUUUUGACAUGGCCGUACUUGUUUACUAAUGAUUCUUUACGAAAAUGACAUCGGAAAACAAAACACUGCCCACAUCUACUAAGCAGGGUCUAUUUAUAUGUUCAAUAGUUGAGCCAAAAGAUGAACUGGAAGAGAGGUUUGAGAAGGGAUUUCAAUUCUUGACGGGCAUUACGAAAGGACUAUCUGAAAGAGAAGCCAAUGAUGCACUGAAUACUUCAAUAUGUAGAGGUCAACAACAGCAUGAAGAUAUUACUUUGGGCCUGAUGUAUAUGAUCCUUACAGACCCGCAGAGUGCCCCAAGGUGCUAUAGAGACUUGAUGUUGCUAACACGUGAUGGCUUGACAUUAGUCAUGACCUAUCUUAAUCGUAUUGUCAUUGAAAAGUACAUCAAGUUACAAGACCUUGCGAGAGCUCAGGGGUUAUGGUUUUUCAAGGAAAUGGUAAGAAAUCAGGUUCAGGGAGCUGAUACCGUUUGCAGUGCUCUCCUCCGACAAAUAGCAGGGGGCGAUAUUUCUCCAAAAAACAUCUGGCUCGCUGAAUCAAUGGUUGACAUCUUUAUGGAAUUCCGGCCGUGGUUGGAGAAGUAUGGCAUGCUGGUUGCCAUGGUCGUCUACACGUAUCUACGCAUCAUAGUUGACCACAGCAAUUCCAAGCUGGCUGCUUUGCGACAACGUGAGGUGGAGCUCUGCAGUUGCCUGCUGCGUGAGAAGAUAUUAGACUGUGUGGCAAUAGGCCGCGACCUGAUACGUCUGCUACAGGAUGUUGCCAGAAUUCCAGAGUUUGAGAAGCUGUGGAAGGACAUACUGACGAACCCCACGUCUUUACAUUCUCAGUUUACAGGAAUCCUGCAGUUUAUGACGACCAGAACACAGAGGAAGUUCCUCAUCUCCCGCCUCACACCCGACAUGGAAGCAAAGAUGUACUUCCUCCUUACCAAGGUGCGAUUUGGACAACAGAAGCGGUAUCAGGACUGGUUUCAAAGACAGUACUUGGCGACUCCAGAAAGCCAAUCACUGCGAUGCGACCUCAUACGCUUUAUCUGUAGCGUCGUUCAUCCACCAAACGAGAUUCUAUGUUCUGACAUCAUUCCACGGUGGGCUGUCAUUGGUUGGAUGCUGACCACCUGCACGUCAAAUGUGGCAGCAUCGAAUGCCAAAUUGGCGUUAUUCUACGACUGGCUGUUCUUUGACCCAGAAAAGGACAGCAUUAUGAAUAUUGAACCAGCAAUACUAGUGAUGCAUCACUCCAUGCGACCACAUCCAGCCAUCACUGCCACACUCUUAGAUUUCCUGUGCAGGAUCUUACCGAACUUCUACCCACCGCUAUCAGCGCAGGUGCGGCAAGGCGUCUACACGUCUCUCCGGCAGAUACUGGAGAAGAAGGUGUUAUCGUCACUGUCGCCCCUGUUUGACAACCCCAAGCUCGACAAAGACCUGAAGGCAAUGAUCCGUACGAGUUUUGGAGAGUUCUGCUCGUUAGAAGCAGCACCGAAACCCGAUGACUUAUCGCAAGUCGCUUCCAUUGAGCCUACGUUACCCAUGCCUCCGGUGGCGACACCUGUAGUGAAGGUCGAAAGCGACGGCGAAAGCAUUCCAAGUGCACAGGACGUCGUGACGGCAAUGCCGGCCAUGUUUAGCGACGACGAUGAGGAUGAUGUUCCGCUAGGUAGAUAUCAAGUGAACGUCUCCGGAUUCAUCAACAAUGGGAAGUUGAAAAGGUUGGUCAUGAAACCGCCAAAGCCAGCAGUGAAGGAGAAGGUAAAAGAGGAAGUCAAGCCGGAUGUAGACAUCACCCAGUAUCUAGAGCAGCUAGACCCAGAGAUCAAAAACUCAGUGCUUCAGCUGCAGGAGACGAGUGACAGCGAACAGCAGUGUGAGGUGAUGGAUAAGCUCAUAGAGGCAGUGAUAAAAAACGAUGAGUUUGACGUGGAUAUGUCACCGGCACUGGCCACCUGUCUUUGCCACAUUCUCAAUGACCAGUUCUCAUCACAGCUGUUACCGGAUGAGGCAGACGAUGAAGAAGAAAUUGAAGAUUCUAUAGGAACAUCUCUGUUCGUCAUAUUUAGGAAUCUAUGUCAGACUCCAGAAGAGGAUCCCAGCAGACAGGCAAUACUCAUGUUAAUGGCAGACAUGUACAGCGGUCAGCCAAGGCUUGGCUACUAUCUCCUCUAUUUCCUCAAGGCCAGUAAAAUUGGCGAAGAUAACAUGACACAUUACAAGGACUUCUGCAAGAGUCUGGAGGGCAGGGAUUUAAGUGGUUGUCUCCUCAGUGACCUGCAGCUGUGUCAGGAGGAUGACGUGCGGCUCUUCUGCUACCUGGUGCCCGACAUCUACUGCCAGUUCUCGAACAUCGCCGUCGGCAACCCGGAGCUGCUCAAUCUCAUCGUGUCGUGCGUCGACGGCGUGCAGCUGCAGGACCUCGUCUGCCACAUCAUGCAGGGCAACCUGAUCAUGUUCCGCAAGGACUCGUUCCUCUCCGUUCUCAGUGAGUGGGAGUGCAGGCUGCGAGAAAAGCAACAAGGGAAAUCAGGACCUGGUGUCGUUCAGAUUCUCUACCACCUGGAACAGCUACGUAAGACUCUGAAGUCAACUUCGUUUUUCAGUCAUUAUCUAGUCCAGCAUGCACUGCAGCAAGUACAGCUCACGUGUACGGAAAGCCAGAAAGCGAAGUUCAGUGAUUUGUUCUCGCUGAUGGAAGAUAUUGACGAUAUCGGUGUGAAGCCGUCGUCGACGCGAUCGCUGCGUGGUGGCGCCCGCACCACCAAGCCCACCACCAACCUCAGGUCCAAGGCAAAGUCCUCCGAGAGGGAGAGCGAGUCAGACACGAGCGACGAUGAAGAGAUCAUGAAACCGAAAUCGAAGAAGAGGAAAAAGUCGAUGGUUGGAUCUGACAGUGAUUGAACAAGCAGCACAUGAGAGAUUGCUAGCAAAGGUAUUACUGUGAUGGCACAGCUAGGAGCGCUCCUGCAAAAGUUUGGUCAUUGCAGGAAAAGGCCUAGGAUAGAAUGUAUGCGACGCCCGGAACAAGGCCCGCGCUUGAUGCGCAAAAGCAGAGAGAUCGUAAAAAAACAUGGUAGCUGUGGAACCCUUUGAGUGAAUCACGAAAGUGUUAUUUCCGUGGUGAUUUGCAUGGUGACCAGCUCGGCCAGCAAAUAUUUGCCGAGUCCAGCUAUUGCGUUUCGUUAUGCAUCGCACGAGAAAGGAAAUCGCGUAUUUCGUGAGUCGUGGAGUUUUAUCACGAUGUACGACAGCAGUAAGCAAUGCAGAAAUCUAAACUCCGUAGGUUCUUCUGCCUGUACAGGUAAUUUUAAGAAUGUAUGGCUGGGAGGUUCAUUUUACUAUGGACGUAUGGUAGUAAAGAUGAUAAAGAAAUAGCACACUUAAAGGCAAUUGUGUGUCGACAGGUGUGUUGUGGCCCUUGUGGUAGUGGUCACAGGCAUGAUAGAGUCACACGAGUUAUCAGAUUAAAGUAACGAGACUGCAUUCAGGGAGUGAGAGAAGGGACAUUCUCAAUUUGGUGGUGGUGCCUCCUGAAUCACGCUGUUGAAUUGUAGACUCGUAUCUAAUUGCAUUCACAACCAACUUGUAUAUACCAUCUCUAUUCAAGCAGUGACUUUGUGCACCAGUCGGCUCGUGAAAAUGACAUCUGGUCCGAUGCAAACACUGCGGUUGGGUUGUGUAGUUCUCUUUUAUUAAACUUUUCUGUACAUGGCAUACAUACGUUAGUGACGGCAGCCGUCCAUAGCAAUGUCAUAUCUCAUCCAUCCUCUAUUUCUGUCUCAUAGACUCCAUCUCAUACCCUUGCAUAUACAUCCCUUCAUUCCUAUACUUGUAUACACAUAUUUCUCUGUCUGUGUCUCUAUCAUGAUACGCGAUGAAUCUAUGGUUGAUCGGUUUAUUAGCGCUGUACAGGUAAUCCUUUAGACGAGGACCAAUUUCUGUAUGCAUUGGUGCAUCCGUGUCUGCACAUGUACCGAUGUUAACGUGAUAACACUAGUAGCUCACGUUAAUUGUACCACACGAUUAUGUAAUCGUUGUUCAUCAAGGGCAUUGAUAGCCUUUGUCAUAGGCUUCACCUGAAUCAGUGAAUGUAAUUAAAGUAGGGGAUAGCUUUACAGUGUCAGAAGUUUCAGUCUAACACUGAGUCCGUGUGAAAUGACAGACACACGGAGAUAAUUUAACUCGAGAUUGUGUAAAAUGUAGUAGCUAGUUUGGUUAGCAAUGAGACUGUGCAUUUGCUAUUGAAGAACGUUGAAUAUUAUAUAGCAAUGAACAGUGCAUUUUUUUAAAUUAUGUACAAAUAUGUGAAAUAUAAAAUUUUUAAAUUAAACAUAUGGUUCUUUACAAA